GCUUCAGAGGUACAGUAAUGGCGAUGUUGUCCGCUGCAGCUCUAUUAGAUGAACUUAUGGGGGCAGAUAGAGAUCUUGCCCCCGAUCAAAAAGGAAAAUCAACACACUGGUCUGACCCUCAGGUCUGUAAAUACCAUUUAUGUGGAUUUUGUCCGUCGGAGCUUUUUAUAAAUACCAGAUCAGAUUUAGGCCCAUGUGAAAAAAUGCAUGAUGACAAGCUAAAAGCUGCCUAUGAAAAGAGUAGUCGAUUUGGUCAAAUGGGGUACGAAGAAGAUUUCUUACGUUACCUUCAAAGUAUCAUGACUGAUGUUGAAAGAAGAAUACGAAGAGGUCACGCUAGACUCAUACCAAGAGAAAAGGAAAAUCCAGGUGUCAAAGUUGAUAGCGAGAAGGAACAGAUGUUGACCCAAAAAAUCAAUACUUUGGUUGAACAGGUUGAGGAACUUGGGUCUGAAGGCAAAGUAGAAGAAGCCCAAGGUGUAAUGAAACUGAUAGAUCAGCUAAAAGAUGAAAAAGAACAGUUAAAUGGGAAGGGAAGAGAUCCCAAUCACAUGACAUCACAGGAGAAACAGAUGGAAGUAUGUGAGGUCUGUGGUGCUUUUCUCAUUGUUGGUGAUGCUCAGACCAGAGUAGAUGAUCAUCUUCAAGGCAAGCAACAUAUGGGCUAUGCAAGGAUCAAAUCUACACUCGAAGAGUUCAGGUCACGUCCUUGGAAAAAUGCACGGAACAAAGAUAAGGAACUGGAUGUUGAAAAGCCAAAAGAAAGGGAUAUUAGAGACCGUGAUCGUGAUAGGGAAAGAGAUCGUGGCCGAGAUAGGGAUAGGGAUAGAGAGAGGAGGAGGGAUCGGGACAGAGAUAGAGGCAGUGAUCGUGACAGAGAUAGGAGACGUGAUCGAGAUAGGGACCGUGAUCGUGACCGUGAUCGUGAUAGGGAUGCAGACAGAGACCGCCGCAAGGAACGUGACAGGGAAAGAACCAGAGAAGACAGCAAAGACUAUAAAGAUAAGUCCAGAAGAUCCCGUAGCAGGUCCCGUGAGAGAUCCAACAGAGACAGCAGAGACAGCAAAGAUAAGGAGUCUAGUGAAAAACGAAGAUCAAGCUCUCCACGCCACUCCAGAUCCCCACAUUGAGUCCACCUCGUCAAGUUCACAUGGCAUGGUUGGUUUCAAAGCUGUCUUUGAAGAUUUUGCCUUAGACUAGUCAUGAAGAAGCUCAUCAUAAAGGUACCCAGAAGGUACUUUAAAUGUGAUAGUUUGUAAACUGUAUUUUAGGGAUAGAAAUGUUUUUUUGUUGCUUUAAUUAAUAUUAGUAUUAGCUGAAAAUAGCCUUCAAUAGCUAAGCUUAUUCCAGUGCUUAUUUUCAUUGUUGGAUUUACAGACUUAUGCAUACAUAUUGGUAGUUGCUUUAGCAUGUGGCUGGUAAAUUAUAAAUGUUCUCAAGGUCCAGUUUUGGUGCUGAAUAUCUGAUUUAAUCUGCAAUUUGUAAGGUACUGAAUGCAUGAAGGAUUUAUGUCUAAUUGCAACAUACCAUCAUUGCCAAUUAAACUUUUAACUCCCCCAUCACUAAAUCAACUAUCAAAUUAAAUCAUUGAAUUAAAUAAAGUUUCCUGUGCAAUAAUUGGAGCAUAAAAAUGUUUAUCAUUUAAACCAGGCCUUGGUUUUUGCCGCAGAUUUAAAUGUAUCAGUCAUUCCGAGGUUUAAGGAAAAAACUGGGUUGAGUUGGUAUUGUAGGACUUUCUUAGGGGACAAAAAGGACACUAUAUUGGAAAUAUAAUAUUCCCUAAAAACAGCCCAAAAAAUGCACUGAAAUACCAACCCAGUUUUUUUCUCAACCUCGGGAAUGGCUAAUAACAUGUUUGAUUCAAAAUAGUUAAUGCUUCAAACAAGUCCAAUAGUUCUCAGGUUAUUUAUGCUGCAAUACCUAAAUGUUGCUAGUGGCAUUAGUUUAGGACAAAAAUGUGAUAUGAAUGAUUGUAUGGUGGUUUGAUUUACCUUAACUUUCUCCAUUCAACAUAGUGAUUUUGUUAUUUGUCCUAUUUAUAAAAACUAUGUAGUACAUUACUCGGUAAUAAUCAUCAACUUCUUUGUCCAAUAAACCGUGUGGUUAAAUGAC